GGUCUAUAAUUCUGCAAAUUUCAAAUUCACAGGCACAUAAUCAAAAUUGAAAGAACCCUUUUCCGACAAAUAUCCAGUUAAAUGAUUGCUUAAAUUAACAUGGACUCAAAAUAUUGGAUAGAGAGAUGUCAGCAGCUGGAAGCCCGCAUAAUCGAGCAAGACCGGGAGAUGAAAGACAAAACACAACAAUUGGAGGAUGCAUAUGAACAUACGAAAUUCGUCGAAAGCGAGAGAAAGUCUCUACGGCAAGAAAUAAAGAAUAUGAGAAUUGAAAUGGAGAUCCAACAAAAAAAUACAAACAUAUUGGCUCGCAUUGGCGUUGCCGUACGUGUUCGUUUUCUUGAACAUGUCAAAUCUCAGGUUAUGGGUCUUCGCAAAAGAAAUCUCAAUACUAGUUUUAUUCGAAGAGGAAACGACGUGGCUCAUCGAGCUUAUGGGGCUGUAGAUGCUGCUAUCUUUGCUGGAAAUCAUCUCACAGAUCUCGAAAAGAGACAACUGGAAGGGGUUUACGGACUUAUUUAUGAUGGCUUAUGUCCUCAAAAUUAUGGAAGUAUGCCACCACGCAUGCUUCAGGGAAUUAAUCAUCAGGGUAGUAUUGUUUCACUUUACGCCUUGAACAAUGGGUCAAUGUCAAUUCGGGAUAAACAAGCCGCAGGCGACAGCAUGGACUUUUUGAAGAAUAAGCGCAUAGAGCUAGGAGAUGAGGCAUUUGAGAAAUACGAAGACGUUGCACGUCAUUUGCAGAGGCUUGGAGAGUUCUCAGAUCUUAUUAUCGCAAAGUCUCGACGGCAGGGUGCUUUGGCGCAUGGUGCCAGCCCAGGGACACUUUCCACCAGUUAUGGACCUCCUCAGACUUCACCAUUUCGUCAAAAUUGCCCCACUUCUCCCCAUUCGCAUCUUGACAAGAGUUUCAGAAAGGGACAUAAUCCGUUCCUUUAAAUUAAUAAAUAGACUUUGAAGAGUUUCGUCAUCUUCUCGCAACACUUGCUCGAUCAACGAAAUGAACAUUAUCGCCGUCACUUCCUUAAAAUAUCCAUAUUCAGUCUUUCUCGGUCUUCAAUUAUACACAGUGUCCAUUGAAUUCUGAAGUUUGCCAAGUAUUUGAGAAGGAUACAUACGGGUUCAAUUUCCAUAUAAUGAUAUAAUUGGCAGAUAUUUCACAGUUCAUUAAUGUUUCUUCAAUUAAAAUCUUUCAGGUAGAUAUCGGAUGAUUGACCAUUGUAUGUAUUUGUUCCAGAUUCUUAGAUGUUAUUAUCUGAGGUGGGGAGUGAAGUAAGAAAGGGGCCUCGCUUAAUCACUAGCAUGAAGUGAAUCCA